AUUUAUUAAAAAAAUCCGUUUGGGAUUCCGAAUUCUAGUCGGACUAGGAUUUCCAAUUUCUCACAUUCCAUAAAACGUAAAGAAAGAUCCUUGUCUUUCUCAUACACACCUCCACUUCCCUCUUCUCUCUUCUCUCUUCUCCUUCGUGUUCUUAUAAUAAAACCAUUACCAUAUGGCUUCUUUCUUCUCCAUUCUUUGAGUUCUUCCCACAGAUCUCUACACAAUUUUUCCAAUGGAGAAGACCCCAAGCUUUGUCAUCAAUGGAGGAGGCAUCAGAUUGCCUGUUGGAUAUCGAUUUUGCCCUACAGAUGAGGAGUUGGUCGCCCACUACUUGAAGAGGAAGGUCUUUGAUUUACCACUUCCUGCUUCUGUCAUUCCUGAGUUCGAUGUCUUCAUUACAGAUCCAUGGGCUCUACCAGGGGAUUUGAAAGAAAAGAGGUUCUUUUUCAGCAAACAGAAGAGUUUCUUGAGGAGGAGCGUUGGGUGUGGGAUAUGGAAGUCCAUUGGCAAAGAGAAGUUCAUUUUGAGCCAGGGGAUGAUGAUGAACCAGGUGGUGGUUGGGCUGAGGAAAUCUUUCGUUUUUUCUGAGUCAAACUUCUCUGAGAAAAGUAGAGCAACUCGGUGGGUCAUGCAUGAAUAUCGAUUGGCUCGCUCUGCAUCUGUAACAACUCCCAACUCAACAACACAGGUUGAAGCGGGGGAUUGGGCUGUGUACUGCUUGUUUCAAAAGAGAAGAAGGCUUAAAAGGCAAGGGGUGGGAGAGAAUCAGAGAUUGGCAGUAGCAGAGGAGGCAAGCGUAUUGGAUUUAACGGUGGAGGAUCGUUGGGAAUUUCCUCAGCCUUGUUCUUCUUCAUGUUCAAGUGGAGUUACUGAAGAAGUCUCUUCAAAUGGUACAGAUCAGGAAGAGUGCAGCAGUGGUUUAGGCUUAGGCUUAGGCUUAGGCUUUUCUUCAUUUUCUCAAGCUCACGUGAGAGGGGUGUGCCUUAUGAGACACCCUUCUUCAGUGGCUCAAAGUUGAAUUUGUUUUGUUUGGGUUGCUUUGGCUCUGAUUAAGCAACAAGAAUGAGUCAAAAAGACAAGAAAAGAAAAGGCAAAUUUAACUACUGCUACUACUCUUCCUUAGAGAAAAAGAGAGACAGAAAGAUAGAUGUCUUUUUACAUUUCCACCUUUUCAAUGCAAUUUGAGUUUUUCACC